AAAACCCUAAGCCUGUCUGCCUUCCGUAAAACCUUCCCUCGCCGCUCCCACCACGCCGAGGACGAGGUGGUCGUCGAGAUGGACUCCCUCGAUUUCAAGGUGGGGGAGCUGUUGAAAGAGAUUAUACUCGACGAUUCCGCUAUUGAAACCCUAGACCGAGCUGUCUCUUCCGUCGCCGAUGCCAUCGAGUCGAUCCCGGAGCAGCUGGUCAGCGCCGACGCGGCUCCCAAAUUCGUGGCAGACCUUGGCGUGCCCACCGAUAAGAAACUAUCCUUUACGUUCAAGAGCCCGGAAUCCAUCCAAGUUGGUGGCAGCCACUCGAUUCGAUCCGUCGCGAAGCCAGACAUCAACGUCGACCUUUUAGUUCGGAUGCCCAAGGAAUGCUUCCACGAGAAGGAUUACUUGAACCAUCGGUACCACGCUAAAAGGCUCCUUUACCUCCGCGUGAUCGAGAAAAGCUUGACAACAUGCCCUGUGGUCCGAAAGAUUGGAUGGUCAAGCUUUCAGAACGAGGCCCGUAAACCUGUAUUGAUCGUCUUUCCAGUGGUGAAGUCUGCAGAACUUUCUGACUUCUUUAUUCGGAUAAUUCCAACUGCAACUUCUUUAUUUACUUUUUCAAAGUUGAGUUUGACACGGAACAAUGUACGUGCAUUCACUCAAGAAUGCGGUCUAACUCAAGCAACUCCGAAGUACAAUAGUAGUAUAUUGGAGGACAUGUUCUUGGAAGAAAACUCAGAAUUUGUGAGGAAAGCUUUUCAUGAAUGGAAGAGUUUGAAAGAAGCUCUGCUUUUGCUCAAAGUUUGGGCUCGGAAUAGGAGCUCCAUCUAUACACACAAUUGCUUAAAUGGUUACUUGAUAGCUGUCAUAUUGUCGUACCUUACUGUAGAAUCUGGAGGAAAUCUUAUAACCAAGUCAAUGAACAGGAUGCAGAUUUUCCGUGUCACAUUGAAAUUUAUUGCAACUUCAAAUUUGAUGGCCAAGGGCCUUUGUCUUCAGCCCCGAGGUCAAUGUAACAUAUCCAAGGAGGAUAUGAAUCAGUUCUUGCAAUCUUUCGAUAUCAUAUUUUUGGAUUCAUCUUGCUCUUUCAACUUGUUCUUUCGUCUGACGAGGACAGCUUUUGAGGAGCUUCGAGACGAGGCUUCUUGGAUGCUUAGUUCUAUUGACAAAUGCAGAGGUGGUGGAUUUGAAGAGGUCUUUUUGACCAAGGUGGACUUUCCUGCUAAGUUUGAUUGUUGCUUAAGGAUAAAUUUGAAAGGAAAUUCCAAAAUUUGCUCGUCAAACUAUUGCAUGGAUGAUGAAUGUUGGAGGAUAUCUGAAAAAGAUGUCCACUCUCUGUUGCAACAAGGGCUAACUGAUAGAGCAAGAUUCGUACGUGUGAUAUGGAGAAGCACACCUUCAGACUGGAAUGUAGAAGAUGGCUUCUCAAACUUUGGUAAUGAGCCAAUGCUUGUUGGUGUGUUGGUCAGCUCCCAAGAGAAGAGCUUCCGAGUGGUUGAUAUUGGUCCAAACCCUGAGAAUAAAGAAGAGGUUAUGAAGUUCAGAAAAUUCUGGGGAGAGAAAGCAGAACUUAGGAGAUUUAGAGAUGGGACAAUUGCAGAAAGCACAGUAUGGGAAUGUGAACCAUGGGCGAGACAUCUAAUAAUUAAAAGAAUUUGCGAGUAUUUGUUUGCUAAGCAUUUUCUUCUGACGAAGGAUGACGUAGUUCAUAUAGUUGAUCAGCUGGAUUUUUGUCUGAAACUUAGUGGUAAAGAUCCUGAGUCUUCUUCUGGAGCUCUGCUAGAAGCUUUUGAGCUUUUAUCUAAGAGGUUGCGGCUUCUAGAGGAGAUUCCUCUGAGAAUAUCUAGUGUGCAGCCAUUGGAUCCAGCCUUAAGACAUACAUCUGUGUUUCCUCCUCAACCUCAUCCACUGGCUUAUGAAAAGGGUGUUAACAAAAAACCAUCAAAGCUGGCCACAACCAGUAUUCAAUCACUAGAUGUUAUGAUUCAGUUAGAGGGAUCAGGUAAUUGGCCUGUGGACCGUGUAGCUAUUGAGAAGACUAAAUCUGCAUUUUUGCUAAAAAUUGGUGAAAGUCUACAGGAGCAUUCGGGUGCGCUUUGCAUUGCUACGGAAGAUGAAGUGAAUGUCCUUAUGUCCGGAUAUUCAUUUUGUCUUAGGAUUAUGCAUGAGAAAGGAUUGAACAUGUUGAGAAACCAAGGUGGAAGUGAUAAAAUAAAAGGUACUUCAUCGGUAGAUAAGGAAUUGCUUAUACGGAGCCAGCAUUCCAGUAUGAUAAAUGGUUUACAUGGCCGUUAUCCCACAUAUGGCCCAGUUGUUAGGCUUGCAAAACGUUGGGUUUCUGCACAUCUAUUUUCUUCAUUUUUGGCAGAGGAGGCAAUAGAAUUGGUAGUUGCUUACCUUUUCUUGAAGCCAUUUCCCUUUCAUGCUCCUUGCUCAAGGGUCACAGGUUUUUUGAGGUUUUUGCGGAUGCUAUCAAACUACGAUUGGGCCUUCUCUCCUUUGAUAGUUGACAUAAAUGAGGACUUCACUCCGAAAGAUGAGAAAGAGAUAGAUGAAAACUUCAUGUUAAGCAGAAAAUCUUGUGAAGAAAAUGCUCAAAAUAUCGAGCCAGCUAUGUUCCUGGCUGCACCAUAUGAUAAAGCAUCUGAAGCAUGGACCAGAUCCUCACCAAACAGAUCAGUGCUUAAGCGCAUUUCCUCGUAUGCGCAAAGUAGUGCUGACCUUUUGACGAAUCUCAUUCUCCAUGGUGCUGAUGGUCCUUACACAUGGGAGUGUCUGUUCCGGACUCCUCUGAACACCUAUGACGCUGUUGUUCUUCUCCAUCAUAAUAAGCUUUCUAAUCCUCAACACCUCCUUUUUCCAGCUGAGAUGAACUGUGGGAAGCAAGUGAUACGUGGGAAAGCAAGCAAGGAUUUCCAACCGUACAUGAUCCUCGGUGGUGGGGUGCAAAGCUUGGAGGAUGCAAGGAACAAGGUGAUGGUUAACUUUGACCCAACCAGAUGUUUUCUGGAGGAUCUGAAGAGAGAGUUUCCAAACACCUUCAAAGUCUGGCAUGAUUCUCUUGGAGGUGAUGCAAUCGGUCUGACAUGGGAGAAAAAAGUUUCAAGUUGCUUGCAGAAACGUAGUCGAGAUGGAGAAGAUGCGAGCUGCACGGAGACGACAGAUGCAUUGAAACGGGUGGGGGAGGUGGGUAAGGGGCUUGUGAAGAGUGUACAUCUUUUCAAGGUACCAAGACGAUAAAACAUCAUUCCAAAACGAUGAGUUUUUUGUUUUGCUUCCGAAAUGUCAACGGUGGUAUGGUAAAAGGGUUUUUGAAGUACGAAAAAGAACCCAAAUCUCCAUGCCAUGGUUGAGUUCUGUUGGAAGGAACGAUUCAUUACAAAGGAGUAGAUUAUUGAUAGAUUUAAUUGA